GCCCCCCGAGGCUAUAAAAUCGGGUGGCUCAACGUCAUCCUCAUGCGACACAUCUUUGUCAGUGAACAAAAUGGCGUCCUACUGUCUAACCGUCAGCCGGCUUCAGCAUGCCCUGGGGCAGGGCGCGCGGCGGCUGCACGUGACGGCGGCCUUCAGCGCCAAGGCCAAGGUGUCCAUGAGCCGCUUCGAGCCCGGGAGCUACAUCGACUACGACAAGCUGCACCGGAACAUCAACAUCGUCCGCAAGAGGCUGGACCGGCCCCUCACCCUGUCCGAGAAGAUCGUGUACGGUCACCUGGACGACCCGGCGGGGCAGGAGGUCGCCCGCGGCCGCACCUACCUGCGCCUGCGGCCCGACCGGGUGGCCAUGCAGGACGCCACGGCGCAGAUGGCCAUGCUGCAGUUCAUCAGCAGCGGCCUGCCCACGGUCGCCGUGCCCUCCACCAUCCACUGCGACCACCUGAUCGAGGCCCAGCUCGGGGGCGUGCAGGACCUGCAGAGGGCAAAGGAAGUGAAUCAGGAGGUGUAUAACUUCCUGGCCAGUGCUGGGGCAAAGUACGGAGUGGGCUUCUGGAAGCCUGGCUCGGGAAUCAUCCACCAGAUCAUCCUGGAGAACUACGCCUUCCCCGGCGCGAUGCUGAUCGGCACCGACUCCCACACGCCCAACGGGGGCGGGCUGGGGGCCGUGUGCAUCGGGGUGGGCGGGGCCGACGCCGUCGACGUCAUGGCGGGGAUCCCCUGGGAGCUCAAGUGCCCCAACGUGACGGCGCUGGCCGAUGACUUCCGGGAGCACCUGGUGCCCGACCCCGGGUGCGAGUACGACCAGGUCAUCGAGAUCAACCUGAGCGAGCUGAAGCCCCACAUUAACGGUCCCUUCACCCCUGACCUGGCGCACCCCGUGUCGGAGGUCGGCGCCGUGGCUGAGAAGAGUGGGUGGCCUCUGGAGGUCAAAGUAGGUCUGAUCGGCAGCUGCACCAACUCCAGCUACGAGGACAUGGGCCGGGCCGCCUCCCUGGCCAAGCAGGCGCUGGACCGCGGCAUGAAGUGCAAGUCCGAGUUCACCAUCACGCCCGGGUCCGAGCAGAUCCGGGCCACCAUCGAGAGAGACGGCUACGCCCAGAUCCUGAGAGACGUGGGCGGUGUGGUUCUGGCCAACGCGUGCGGGCCCUGUAUCGGACAGUGGGACAGGCAGGACGUGAAGAAGGGGGAGAAGAACACCAUCGUGACGUCUUUCAACAGGAACUUCACGGCCAGGAACGACGCCAACCCGGCGACCCACGCCUUCGUCACCUCUCCCGAGAUCGUGACGGCCAUGGCCAUCGCGGGCACGCUCAAGUUCGACCCCGAGCGGGACUUCCUGACGGCGCCCAGCGGGGAGAAGUUCAAGCUGCAGCCGCCCACCGGGGACGAGCUCCCGGCCCUGGACUUCGACCCCGGCCUGGACACCUACCAGCACCCCCCCGGGGACGGCAGCGGGGUCGCCGUGGACGUGAGCCCCCAGAGCCAGCGGCUGCAGCUGCUGGAGCCCUUCGACAGGUGGGACGGGCGCGACCUGGAGGACAUGCAAGUGCUCAUCAAGGUGAAGGGCAAGUGCACCACUGACCACAUCUCCGCAGCCGGGCCCUGGCUCAAGUUCAGGGGUCACCUGGACAACAUCUCCAACAACCUGCUGAUCGGCGCCAUCAACAUCGAGAACGACAAGGCCAACAGCGUCCGCAACCAGCUGACCGGGGAGUACGGGGGGGUGCCCGACGUGGCCCGGCACUACAAGAAAAACGGCCUGCGGUGGGUGGUGGUAGGCGACGAGAACUACGGUGAGGGUUCGAGCCGGGAGCACGCCGCCCUGGAGCCGCGGCACCUGGGGGGCCAAGCCAUCAUCACCAAGAGCUUCGCUCGCAUCCACGCCGCGAAUCGGUCCGUGGUGGCGAUGGCUCGGCGGGGACCCGGCGGCCGCGCUCUCCGCCGGGCGCGGUGUUGCUCGCACUCCCGCGGCCCCCCGGGUGCGAGUGAAUCUCGCCUCUCGCCUCUGGCUCUCGGAGAGAGGCCGGGCGUGCACACUCCAUGA